AUGGGGCCCUUUGGAGGCUAUGAAUCUGUAGAAAAGGAAGAAGCCGAGGAAGAUAAUACCUUGUUUCCGGCCUUCUCUGCUCGCUCUCAACACGACAUGCGUGUUAUGGUCUCGGCUUUGACUCAAGUAAUCGGAAACCAACAACAUGAUAAUCCUUCUGUGUAUAACCCACAAGACCCUAAUCAGCCAGAUGCUCCUACUCAUCAGGAUCAAGGGAACUUGAGGAAGAGACAUUAUAGAGGAGUGAGGCAAAGGCCAUGGGGAAAAUGGGCAGCCGAAAUUAGAGAUCCUCAAAAGGCGGCACGUGUGUGGCUAGGGACUUUUGAAACUGCUGAAUCAGCGGCCUUGGCUUAUGACGAAGCAGCUCUUAAGUUCAAAGGAAGCAAAGCCAAACUCAAUUUCCCGGAGAGGGUUCAGCUCGGAAGCAAUGUUCUGUCAAACUCUACUUAUUACUCUUCCAAUCAAACUCCACAAACCGAUCCGCAAAAUUUACCAUACUAUAACCAGUAUUAUCAAGAUGGGAGUAGUAGUGAUAUGCUAAGUUUUAAUUCGGGCGGGGGAUAUGGCAACGGUAGCGGAUAUUCAAUGUCGGGCCAUGAUCAUAGUUUAUCAACUACUACUACUGCUGCUACAACUUCUUCAUCUUCUGGUGGCUCUUCUAGGCAACAAGAAGAGCAAGAUUAUGCCAGGUUUUGGCGGUUUGGAGAUUCUUCCUCUCCUCAUUAG